GCGCUGGGUUCUUGGGGCUGGCUCCGCCGGGGCGUCGUUGCACCGUCGCCCCUCCUGCUGCUGCUCUCUCGGUUUCGUGUUGUGUCUGCCACAGAGUUUUUAGCUGUGGAGUCCCUGUGAGGGCUGGGGACUUGGCUUCUCAGCUUCUCCUCCUAAUUGUCAGUUCCUCCUAUUCCCAAACUACCAACAGCAUUAUGUGAGGAAACUUCCAUGAUUAUGUGAGAAACUUUCUAUGAUUAUGUGAGGAAAUUUCGGUGCUUUUUUGGUGGGAAUCUUACUUUGAUUUCCCUCCGUGGCCUCAACCCUGGGCUGUGCUUGGGAGGGAGAUCCUGUGUGUGAAUUGGCAGACUUCAGCAAGAGGUGUGCUUGCAGAGGCCCUGCCUUCUGAGGGAAGGGGCUGAGUUCAGACUAACUUCGAACUGUCAAUUUAUUCCAUGCUCUAUUUUGAUUUCUUGCCGUUGUACUAACAAAUCCUAAUGAGGCAUCCAUGACAGAUGAUGGCUGGAACAACUAUCGCAUAAGUACCUCAUUGAAAGUGGUUGACCCUAUCUGUCAAUGGCCAGCAGUGCUUGCUGGCUGCAACAGGAUUCUGUGUGUGUCUGCCUUUCUGAGAGCUCUCACCAUAUGCUUGUCGGUUGCAAUUUGAAAGAGCACAAAAAGUAUGAGAUUAAUUUGUCAUUCAGAGAGGUGACAAAGUCACAGCAGAAAGUCAGCUGCCUCUUGUAAAACAGGUACCUCUUUUUCCUCCCCGGCCCCUGCUAUCAAAUCUACAAGCAGCUGGUAGGAUGGCAUAGGUCUUUAAAACUGGCUUCACAGCCCUGCAAUCCCCUGCAAAAUGCUAGCUGGUGUGUAGAUUUAUCGUUAUGUACUUGUGCAGAUGCAUACAUCCAAAUUUGAUUUAAAAAAAUAAAAAAGUUUUAAGAGUUUUGCAUUGUGGUAACAAGGUUUUGUGUUCUGUCUCUUCAGAAACUGCCCCAGCAAGGACUGAGUGGCUGGUUGUUACUCCCCAUAUGCUGUUUGCCAGGCCAGGAUCAGGAUGCUGCAAGAGUGAAAUGAAUGACAGUGAGUUAUUGGAAGUUGCUGUUGAAGAGGAGUGGGCGUGUGAGGAGUCCCCUGCAAAAAUUCUGGUGCAGAAUCACCCCUGAGUCACCAGCUAGGCAGAGAGACAGCAGGUUUUUAAUUGGUUUCAUAAAGUGUCCUGGAGCAAGAUGUAGCUGUAAUGUAAUCCACUAGGCAAAGGGGAAUACCGCCAGUAAAUUCAGUAAAUUAGGAACACCCCUUUUUUUUCCUUUUUUUUUCCUUUCUUUUUUAUUUUAUUUUUGUGAUCGUGUGUUAGCUAACACUUUGGGUUGGUUUUUUUUUUUUUUUCAUUUAAAGCUGUGAAUAAUCUUUUUCAAAUGAAGUACUGUGCUAACUCUUGCAGAGAUUGAUUCUGCAUUUAUUCCUAAAGCUACACCUGUUUGACAGUCUACUCAGCCCCUCCAGGCAAGGAGGAGAUGAGAGUCCCAAGUUUUUCUUCAUACAAACAGUGUAACUUAGGAGUGUUCAGGCUUGGAAGAGUUUGCUGGCAGACCUAAUGGAGGACUUACAUUAAGGGUGCCCGACCGCUGGACUUCUGAAGUAAAACUGUUCUGUGAUAAUCUUGUGGAUACAGGAUUGGUAGCAGUACCAGAAGAAUUGCAGGGGAUUGGAGCUGGCAAUGUCAGUGAGAGAGCAGGAAGCACCACUUAUGUUUUAUUUGUGGAUGAGAGGAAGGGAGCGCUGUGGUUUUUGAGAAUAGAGGUACUGAGUCUCUGCGAGGUGAGACAGGAGUAGGGUUUGAAGGCGCUGGGAACAUAAACUGUACGUUUUAGCCGAGCAGGUCAAUGUGCUCUGUUUAGAGCUGUUACUGUACAAAACCUGAACCACUGAUGUGCCAAUGGCACAGCGUACUCAUCUCCCAUCCCAGGAGCCAAGCCUGUAAGCGGUGGUGGGGCUGGGCUGGUUACAUCAGGGUCUGAAGCUUCCUUCCCACCUGAAGUGGCUUUCCCCAGUUCUUGCACAAGAUUGUGCUGUUUUGAUUUUCCACAGUGCAGGGCGUGCUGAAGGUCUCGACAUUUUAGCCAGCCAACUAGAAGUGCACACAGCCUCCUUCCUGCAGGAAUUCAGGACCCGGCCGAAAUGCCUGGGCCUUGUUUGUCAGGAAGAGGCUUUGUAACCUUCUGUAGCAGGAAAUCAGCAGCGCUGACCUCAAGGCAGCUUAGUCAUCUGGUGCUUUGAAGGUUGGUUUUUCCCUGGGAAGGUUGUCCUGUGUCUUGAGGAAGGCCUCUGAGUAACAGAGAUAACGCGCAUGGUGGGUUCAGGCAGUAGAGCUGAUGCAGCACAGGGACAGGGAUACACGGUGAGUGCAAAGGCAAUGUUGCAGACCUUGGCUGUAGAGCACCAAAUUGCUUCUGUGCCACAGCUGAGGAGCUCCAUUAGGGCAGCUGUGACUCCAGCCAAUACAGGGAGUGUUCUGAAGGCACUGAACAGUGGCAGAGGGCUCUAAGUGUCACUGUCCACCUUCUAAAUUUGUGGAUCGGUAUAGUCCUAGCAGAUAACAUCCAUUCUGUGGUGGCUUUCCCAUAGGCUGCUGUCACUUACACAGGAUUGGUGUAUUAACAAGUGCUGGGGGCAAGUAAGUCAGGUUUGUGGUAUGGGAUAAAGCAGUCUGUGAUGUGGAGGUGCAAAAGUUAGGAUAACUGCUGUGCUGCAUGGUGUGAGCCUGACUUGCUAGCCAUUCCUUAGGAAUUCCUUAGGGACCAGGAGUUGCUGUCUGGCAUGGGUAACAAGGAAGCUGCCAUCUUUUCUAAAGCUUUACAUAGAUGCUGAAAAGAUCUGGAAAGGAUCUAUCUCCUUAGUAUCCUGUGAGUGAGGCCUUGGAGAAGAGAGUCUAUAAUGAGCUAGCAGUGCGGUGCGGUCCACACAAAAACUAGGGAUCAUUUUAAAAGGUUUAUUGGGUAUUUUUGACAAUCCUGUGUCCUUGGGCUUUGUGCAGAGCAAUUUCUACACCUGAGAUGGGUUGUCUGGGCUGCCAGUCACUGAGAAUUUGAGGCUGAGAUCAAGUGUCUUGUUUGUCCCUUCUACUUGAAGGAAGGUAGAUUGGAUGUCUAGGUGGCAGACCAGAAGGAAAAACAAAAGGAGACUGGAAAUCCCAGAGUGGAACAGCAUGGGAUGUGUGGGAUCCAACACAGCCCUCUCCAUCGAGUGGUGUCUCUUAAUGAUGUCAUGGGUGGCAAUGUCAGUACAAAUGCGCGUGUUUCAGCAGAUCUGGUAGCUUCUCAUGAAGUGACAGAAUGGACAUCUUUGACUCUGGAGUUGUCUAUAAUCUUCACAGUUGAAUCCAAAUUCUGCCUUCAAAACACUAGAGGUGGCCACAGUCCACUUCAUUUCCGUAAUAGCCCAAGUAAGCUUUUAGUAAUUUAUCUCAUUUGCACAGAAUCAUAAAAUAAUUUAGGUUAAAAGGGACCUCAGGAGAUCACCCGGUCCAGUCACCUGCUCAAAGUGCAAGUAGCUAUUCUUUUAUGGCCCUAAGAUAAACCCAAAAUCCAUUUCAAGGGCAGAGAAAACAUGAUUUGUUUCCUUCAGCCUACAGUUUGACAGUGAGGAGCCAUGGGGAGUCAGUGUUUUAUAGGGGGAAAUAUUUAGGUAGUCUUCUGAGCAGGUAUCAUUACUAUGAAAUGUGUUAAAAUGCUUGCCUAGCUUUUAGGUCUGAACCAGAUUGUAAUUAUCCUCCACAGAGCAGGGGCAGAAUUAUUAAUCACUGUACUCAUAUGUCUGAAACUACUCUCAGUGUGACUCCAGUGACACUACAGCUGGAGCUUUGAACACAGUUGUCCGGUGUGGUGAGAGCAUGAAAAAGCAGCACGCUCUUGGUGAACAAAUAGGACCUUGCAUUCAGUUUACAGGGCUUAAAGCUUGGAAAAUGCCAUAUUUGAUUUGUAAAUUGGGUGUACUUUAUCCAGAAACUUACUCUGCCAUUUAUGAAAACACUUUUUAGGAGAGAAAUUAAUUUUCAUCUGGAAGGAUUUGAAAAGAAGCAGUUAAAGAAAUAAUUUUUCCCCGUCGAAGUUUUCUAAGUAGAGAAAGAACAUGGAUCGGGAGAAUUUAUGUCCUGGACAUACUUCCUUUUCUGCUGCUGCCUUCCCACAUGUUCAGGCCCAUAAUAUCCCUGUGGCAACUCUGAAAGAUGUAGAAAUAGGAAAGAAAUUCUAAAUUAACCGGCAGCAUAUGUUUGUCCCUGCUUUUAAUCCUGCAGUCAUGUCGAAAAAUGCGUUCCGCAGUUUGUAUUUCUCCAUUUUCAUUCCUGUCUCUAACCAUUCCCAUUCUUUUUCCUUGCAAAUUCUUUCUGCACACAUCUCGAGGGUGGGCAUUGCCUUGUCACUCGGAGUGACACUCAUCUCAAAGAACGUUGGUGUCUGCAACCUUCUUUUGAGAAAGCCUUCAUGGGUUCCCUUUGUAGGCAGCGAAGCCCAGAAGCCCCAGCUGACCAGAUAUGGGUUGGAGUAGGUUGAACUGUGCUCUGAAUGGCUUUGCUUAGUUCUCCAGGGCUUGUAAAAGGGAUGCAGGGUGGUCUCCUCAGACGCAGAGAUCUGCAUAGUAAUUCCUUGUUAUGUGAUGAUAAAAUGCGGCUUUAUUCACAUUUAACCAGUUUGUUCAGUUUCCUUGCUCUAUUCACAGUAAAUACACGGCUUCAGCCUCUGAAGAUGGCUUCAGUCACGUAGCAGUCAUUCCCAGGGUGGACAGUUGACUCAUCCCUCGUAGCUACAGUCUCUGGUGGCUGUCCAUGCUCUCUGCACUAAACACAAAGCUCGUCAGCACAUGUGACUACUGAUUUCCUUUAAUCAGUGAGCGCUGCUUGUACUACAACGUCCCGAUGGAAUUGCAUGAGAGGUUUCCUCUGUUAAGUACUGUGCCUUUCCAAAUUGCUUCCUACCAGCCUGCUGAAUGAUAUAAGCAGAGAACAGAGUUUUAGCGGGCAGUCACUCAUCAAUACCAUCCCGCUCUUAAGCCAAGGUAACGACGAAUAUGCCUGCAUUUUCCCCAGGAGCGUGCAGUUCUGAUCCGUGGAUGCAGAAAAUGUUGGAGCUGAACACAAGGCUUUCAUUGCAGAUUGCUAUCAAAGGAACCGAGAAAGGAUGUAGUCAUAUUGUUAAUGUCUGUCUUCAAGCUGUAUUUGAGGUUGGAAAACAGGCAGACUAGAGGACAUUGGCUCAGGGGUGGGAAUAUCUUCCCCUGAGUUAAACUGCUAUGCGUUCUCGUUGAAUAUGGCAGGUUUCCAUAUGAACAGAAACAAAGACUCAGUAGCACAAAGCUUCAUCUCAUAAAGAAACCUCUUCAAAUAUUCUGGUGUGACCGAAAGGCUGGUCUGAUGGCAGCUGAACCUAUGAGCGCUUACACAGCCCUGAGUAAGCAGUCCUAGGAGGCCAGCUUUUAUAGUGCAUCCAUAGGAAGCGUCUCCACUACAGCCUUUCACCACACAGGAGACAGACUGAAGAUGUAGGCAGCUGGCAAAUAUGAAAGCAAUGAAGAGGUGUUCUGAGGUUGGCAGUGCUUUUUAUAGUAGGCGCGUUUUCUGGGAAGGGCAUAAGAAGGGAGAUAAACAGGAGAAGAUCGUGGCAAGCUGAGAAGUAGCUGUAGCGGAUCAAGAUGUUCCAAAAAGAAGAUCACAGCAAAAAGGUCCUCAGGCUCCAUCGGCCACCAGCUGAUCACAUUGCAGCAGCGUAGGUGUUGUCAUGAGGAUCAGGAGGUGUCCUGUCUGCUUCGCAGCUUGUCUUUUGGUCCUGUUGGGUAAACACCAGAGAGAGCCCAAUACAGAGGCAGAGCACACGUUUUAAGAGAGCUGACGAGCCAGUUCCUGCACAUACAUGCAUCUGUGUAAGCGUACUCCAAGUCCAGGGGCCUCUGUGGCACUGCAUGGAUGCCUGCUGGUGGUGGCCUGUUGCUUGGUGUCUAUUGUUUACAUGUUGGCUUGCACACCCAAGGGUGACAACCAGCAGCUUGUCUUGCCCAGAGUGCACAGUCCGACUGUGAAGGAAGGAUAUGAAGCCAUUCUGCAAGAGCGAGAAGAGCAACACCGCAACUACAUCAUCAGCUUGAAGAAACAAAUUGCCCAGCUGAAGGCUGAGCUUCAGGGCAGGAACGUGCAGCUUAAGAACGUGCAGGACCAGUACCCAGACCCCUUGGACAUUCGGCUUGACCACAGUAACCCGGAGAAGGUCCAGGCUAACUUGCUGGCUUUCCUCCGUUCCCAAAUAGACAAAGCAGAGGUGCACACUGGCAUUAAGCUGUCCACAGAGUACGCGGCUGUGCCCUUUGAGAGCUUUACCCUGCAGAAGGUGUACCAACUGGAGACUGGGCUGACGCGUCACCCAGAAGAGAAACCUGUAAGGAAGGAUAAGCGAGAUGAGUUGAUAGAGGUGAUCGAGUUAGCUGUUGGGAGUUUGAACAAUCCAGAGGGGAACAGCAACACAAAACACCGCGUAUACACAGCCUCUGACUUCAUUGAAGGGAUCUACCGCACAGAAAAAGAUAAAGGCACAUUGUAUGAACUGACAUUCAAAGGAGACACAAAACAUCAGUUCAAGAAGAUUGUUUUAUUCCGGCCGUUCGGUCCUGUAAUGAAAGUGAAAAAUGAAGAUGUCAAUAUGGCUGACACACUUAUUAAUGUCAUUGUGCCAUUGGCCAAGAGAGCCAGCAAAUUUCGGCAAUUCAUGCAGAAUUUCAGGGAAAUGGGCAUUCAGCAGGACGGGAGAAUUCACCUCACUGUAGUUUACUUUGGAAAAGAACAAAUGAAUGAAGUCAGAGCAAUACUUGAAAAUACCUCCAAGUCAGCCAACUUCAAGAACUUCACCUUCAUCCAGUUGAAUGAAGAAUUUUCCAGGGGCAAAGGACUAGACAUUGGUGCUCGAUUUUGGAAAGGAAACAACGUUGUUCUCUUUUUCUGCGACGUGGACAUAUACUUCACAGCUGAAUUCCUUAACUCCUGUAGAUUGAACACACAGCCAGGGAAGAAGGUGUUUUAUCCUGUUCUCUUCAGCCAGUAUAACCCCAGUAUAAUUUAUGGACACCAUGAUUCCAUCCCAUCUUUAGAACAGCAGCUGGUUAUUAAAAAAGAAACGGGAUUUUGGAGAGACUUUGGUUUUGGGAUGACUUGCCAGUACAGAUCGGAUUUUAUCAACAUAGGUGGCUUUGAUCUGGAUAUUAAAGGCUGGGGUGGUGAAGACGUACAUCUGUACCGCAAAUACCUUCACAGCAACCUCAUUGUGAUCCGAACGCCUGUCAGGGGUCUCUUCCAUCUGUGGCAUGAAAAGCAAUGUCUGGACGAGCUGACCCCCGAGCAGUACAAAAUGUGCAUGCAGUCCAAGGCCAUGAACGAGGGUUCUCACGGCCAGCUUGGGAUGCUUGUCUUCAAGCAAGAGAUUGAGACACACCUGCACAGACAGAAACUGAGCGACAAGAAGACAUGAAAGCCAGAAAGGGAGGCAAAAAGCCUCUGAACUGGAUUGUAGGGCGUUACGGAAAAGAGUUGCUAACAAGAAAAGAGACAGGACGAGACUGAAAGGAUGGAGAUUCCACCAGGAUGGCAGCAAAAGAUGAGGGAGAGCGCUUGUCCUCCCUUCUGUAUUUUUCUUAAUAGGGCUUUUAAGUACUCCAUUAGCCUGACUGUUCAGCACUUGCUUCUGAGAGAGGCUUGAACACUUGAUGAAAUUCAAGGUCACGGAGACAAUGAAGGUUACAUAAAUGUGUGUUAUUCACAAUAACAAAUGGAUGUGCUCUUCCAUUGAAAUGUUUGUAAGAUGUGUACAGUUAUUUAAAGGAUUGACCCUUUGGUGGGUCAGUAAUAAUGAGUUAUUUUCUAAAUCUAGCCUGACAUAUCUAAAAAGGGCUAUUUUUGGAAAAGUACAGAGCUUUUCUCUGAGAAGGACAUCUGAUUGUUAACGAUGGUUAAGCUGGAGUGACCAAAAAAUCAUUUUCCCUUAAGGGACUGGGGUGGGGGGGGGACAGCAGCAGUGUGCUAACAGGGUAUUCCUGGUGCAUUCAGAGACAAGAGGCAUCUCAGAAAGUGUGGUCCAAAAUGCAGGAAGAGAAAGCCCUACUUGUCAAUUGUGAUGUUUCAAAAUCACUGGAGGGUAGUGUUUGUUCUUUUCUGUGAACAGUGAACCAAAAGCAAUGAGCCAUGUCUGUAUCCCAUGAAUCAGAUGGUGUACUUCUGCUUUAGAAUACUGUAAGUAUCUCAAGAUUUAUUUUUAAAUGAAGUUGGUUUUGCUUGGGAAUUAUUUUGUCAUACUUCAGGUUUUCUACUUCUAGCCUUACUAGGAAAUAGUACAGCCUUCCAACACUUGGAAAAUCAUCUGCAGAGGUGUGUUUCCUGUGGAUGGGAACUGGGUUCAGUAAGUAAAAUGGUAUUUCUACACAACCUGGGUGCAGGAAGGCAGAAGCUUUACCGUGCUGAAGAAAAGGAAAUGCAUAUCAACUUGCAGUACUGAUUUAGCAGGAGGCUUUAAACUCUGAAUGUCAGAUACCAAAACCGAUAAACGUUUUCUGACUUUGUACCAAAGUACUCCUUCUAAACCAAAUAUAGAAUCUUGCCCAGGGCAUAGCAAGCUUUUUGUAAUUAACAAAAUAAAUUUUUGCGAUGGAUUACUGGA